AUGCCUCCGGCCGCUCAGCGACGGGAACCUUCCCUGCCUGCCGUCCAGCAGCGACCUGUCAGGAAUCGCAAGAUCAAACGGAAGGGAUACGAGUUUGAAGUCCUUAGUAAGGUAAAGAGCUCCAAUUCUGAGGACCGGGGACCAACAGCAACAGCAACAGCAACAACAAGUGCCAAACCUGCACCCGCGGUGAAGCGCAAGGCGUCCGUCCUGACCGCGCCUACUCCUAAACGAAACCGUCGCCAUACACUGUUUUUGGCUCAGGCCCCCAGGUCCGGCUCGCUGUAUGCUUUUACUCCUGGAAAAAAGAGGAAGCAUGAGCUGCAGAGUCGGAAACCCGCUAGGCCUCGUAGGUUGCCAGCUGCGGCGGACCCGGUACCAGUGCCCUCCACGUCUGCUCCAGUAGUCACUGCUCCAGACCCAGUACCGAUCCCUGAUGAAGCAACUGAACCGGCUCAGACAGUAAAAAGGCGUCCUGGUCGCCCUCGCAAAGUCCGCCCUCCUCCAGGUGAUGCUGCGAGUCUGGGGAAGCCUAAGCCUGCUGCUGCAUCACAGGAGCCGGGAAAGCCGGGAAAAUCGUCAAGGCAUCUUCGGGCUGAGCAGCGAGCACAACAACGAGCUGAGCGUGAGGCGGUUGCACAAGCUGAUCCAGUUAACACUACCCGAGAAACCGACGCGACAGUUCAAGGUCAGAGACGUCCCACGAGUAGAACCAGGACUCAUCAAGACGGCGCCAAGAAAGAUAGCCAGCAUCCUGAUCCCUCCACUCAUCAAGACAGUGACCGAGAUGGUUUCUUGGGCCAGAGGAAAAGGCAGCGGUUGACCGUGGACAUUGACAGUGCACCGGGACUAAAGGCAGUACGUAAUGUAUCGGAUAGGCCAAUAUCCAAGAACGUCCAGCAAGAACUUUACCAAGGAGGCACGUUCAGGAAAGAAGACUCACCGCAGGAUCUUAGCAAACUGGAUCACAAGUCUCCAUUUGUUCGUGCACUUCAAAGAAGACCCCAUCUCGCCCGCUUCCUUACCCACAACCAGUCAGCUUCAACAAUGCCAUGUGCAGGCAAAAUCGACAUCUCCAGGUCUCAAAACUUGCGUGCCAGCACCAGGACGAGUAUCAAUGGCGCCUUAAACACAAAUGGAGAUUCUGAUGGCCAUCAUGAUGGCAUAGACCACUCACAGCAGCCGGAUUUUAAAGCUGAGGACCUCUUACCUGAUCCAAUGCUCGCCCAUGUGGGCUGGAUCGCCAAAGACAACGCCUGGAAUCGAAGUCGAGAAGAGCAGCUGAGGCUUAGCAUUGGCAACUGGGCUGUGAACGCGGCAAGUGCAGCAAGGGGCAAUGAUGCUGAGUUAUGGAUGUGGCGUCUCAUGAUCCACUUCUUCAAGGCCAUGCCGCAUGAUCUCUGGAGGUACGGACUUCGUCCGCAUCGUGGCGAAUGCUGGGCAGCUGGAUCCGUAAUCGGUUCGAAACCCAGCGAACACGCGUACAAUCCUAGUUAUGACUUUUGUCUUGAGCUGGGAAUUCUUCUCUGUCACCCAGUCUGGGACGGAGAUCUUAUGAAACUGCGUUUCGCUCUACAAAUGGCUAUUUGCAGCCGUAUCAAGGACCACGAGCCUCCAGUCGCUGGAGCGAACAGUCGUAUGAUUGCUUCUACCGAGAAAAUCACCAAGGUCCUUCUUGAAUCUUCUAGGAAAAUGGAUCUCUUAGAGGAGGUGCAACUGGUGUGCAAGAUCCAAUCCCAACAAUACCAUUGUGGCGGUAUCGAGUCAGACAAAGAUAUCCAAUGGCUGACCUCAAAGCUAUCUACCUUGAAAAGGGGCAGCUGUAUGACUGCUUCUGAAGAAGAGCGGCUGCUUUUCUUUUUGCACACAUCUGACAUGAAGACGCUUCGCGAGGCAUUAGAUGCGCAGGAAUCUCAUGGCCAGGCGAAAUGGCGACCUGCGGUCGAGUACUGUCGUAUCUUUGCCGAAACACCGGCCGGCAUGGCUCUGAUGGGUGGGCCAGCACAGUCCCCAAACCAGAAUGUUUUAGUUCCAGCCGACCACUUGACACUCGAACGUUGGAAGACAGAGUGUUUUAUCGCCGAGAGGCGCGAGAAACUGAUCCGGGAGGAGGCCCUCCCAAACGAGGCAUUGCUAUUUGACGUUGCCCGUGGCGAUCCGGACCCUUACCACGUCUUCAGCAGGAAAGAGUUUUCAGAAGAACAGGAGCGGAUUGUCAGUGGCACCGUAAACGUGCCGGAGUUGUAG